GAGCAUAUUUUUCAUUUAAGAUUUCACUUCAGUGUACAUUUUUGGUUCAACCACUGUAGUUGAUUUGUUUUGAUUUUUAAAGUUGUGUUUGGUUUAGUUGAAUAUUAUUUUACCAUUAAAUAGAUCACUACAAUGUCCAGUAGUGAAAGUGAUUAUGCUGAUGCCGAUGAUCAUGAAGAGUUAAGUGAAGAAGAACAUCAAUCUGAUGUUGAUGAUGAUGGCAGUGGAGUUGACCACGAGGAUGGUGAUGAUAAUGAUGAAUCUAAAGCUAAUGAAGGCGAAGAAACAACAUUCCAGCAAUUGGGUGUCUCAGCUGUUCUAUGUGAAGCAAUUGAAGCUAUGAAAUGGUCGAAACCAACAAAGAUCCAGAUUGAGACAAUUCCUGUAGCUUUAGAAGGUAAAGAUAUUAUUGGUUUGGCUGAAACUGGAUCGGGAAAAACAGGAGCUUUUGCCAUACCUAUUUUGGAAUCUCUUUUAGCUAAACCACAAGGACUAUUUGCUCUCAUAUUAACUCCAACCCGUGAAUUGGCAUACCAGAUAAAUGAACAAUUUCAAGCUCUUGGAGCCAGUUUCGGAGUAAAAUGUGCUGUUAUCGUUGGUGGCAUGGACAUGAUGACCCAAGCUUUGUCUCUUGCUAAAAAACCUCACAUUGUUAUUGCUACACCAGGAAGAUUAAUUGACCAUUUAGAAAAUACAAAAGGUUUUUCUCUUAAAACCCUCAAAUUUUUAGUCCUGGAUGAAGCUGAUAAAAUUUUGAACAUGGACUUUGAGAAAGAAGUGGACAAGUUAUUGAAAGUUAUUCCAAGGGAAAGAAACACGUAUCUAUUUUCAGCAACAAUGACUAAGAAAGUACAAAAGCUGCAACGAGCAUCACUUAAAGACCCUGUUAAGCUGGAAGUUUCUUCAAAAUACCAGACUGUUGAUAACCUCUUACAAUACUAUAUCUUCAUCCCUCUUAAGUAUAAGGAAAUUUACUUGACGUAUAUUCUGAACAAAUUUGCUGGAAAUUCGUUCAUAAUUUUCUGCAACACUUGCAGUUCAACCCAAAAAAUAGCGCUGAUGCUUCGAAAUUUAGGAUUCACUGCUAUUCCGCUUCACGGCCAAAUGGGACAGAGCAAAAGACUUGGAGCCUUGAAUAAAUUUCGUGCAAAGACACGAUCAAUUCUGUUAGCAACAGAUGUUGCUAGUCGUGGUCUCGACAUCCCUCAUGUAGAUAUCGUUAUCAAUUUUGAUAUACCCAAUCACAGUAAAGAUUAUAUCCAUCGUGUUGGAAGAACAGCUCGAGCAGGUCGUUAUGGUAAAUCAAUUACAUUUGUGACUCAGUAUGAUGUAGAGCAUUACCAACGAAUUGAAUUUUUAAUCGGCAAAAAAUUGCCCCUAUUUGAGACUCCAGAACAAGAAGUCAUGUUGCUUACUGAAAGAGUUCUUGAAGCUCAACGUAUAGCGAACUCUGAAUAUAUGGAAAGUCAAGACAAAGGGAAAAAACGAAAAUAUAAUCUGGAUGAAACUGAUGAUACCGGAGAAGGUUUAAUGGGUAAUAAGAGAAUCAAACCGAAAUUCAAAUCUAAAUCAAAAUUAAAAGUAAAAUCCAAAUUUCGCUAAUGUAAUGACAAACUGAGAUUUUCACUAUCAUCUUGUAAUCAUGGUAUUUUUCUGUCAACAUGAUAUUAAAUCUAAAGUUAAUCUUUGA